AGCCGGGCGUAGGAAUGGCAGCGGAAGUACUAAUGGUGCUUUAUGAGGACGACUCGGUGCAAGUGCGGUAUGCUGAUGGCUCCACACUGCAGCUCUCUCCUUGUGGCUCAGAGUUUCUGUUUGAAAAGGCGCCUGCUCUUUCUACACACCCUUUAGAACAGCCAGAGCGAAUUCGUCAGCGGACACACUUUGUCAUUAGCACCUACCGGGAGCAGCUUCAGCGAGCCCUGGAUUUUCGAAACUCUUCGGCUACAUGCCCCUUUUUAUCUGAAAGCCUCAUACCUCCUGAGAGAAAAAAGCAUAUCUUCAUUGAUUUCUCCGAAGUAAAAUGGCCCAGUCUUGCCGGAGGCAACAGCGUCACGUAUUCAGAGAGUGGUGUUGUGAAGAUAACGUCACUAGAUGGGCAUGCAUACCUUUGCCUGCCCACAUCUCAGCAUGAAUUUACAGUCCAUUUUCUGUGUAAAGUGAGCCAGAAGCCAGACUCAUCUGCAGUACUCCCUGAAACCAAUGAUCGUGUCUCAAAAGAUAAACUAGUUGGAAAGACCACAAAAUUCUGCACGUGUGGAAGUUUAUCAGGACAAAGAUUAAAGACUAAAGAAAAUGAACUUCAUCGCCAAGUCUUGAAAUCUAAAGAAGCUUCAGCGAGCAUAUGUUGUGUGAAUGGAACUGAGGGGAAGGAGGGGCUGCCGUCCCCGAGCACAAGGCACAGAUGUGUGUACGCGUGGAUGAAGCAGCGUUGGUCUGUCGCCUCCUGUCCAGAGCAGUGGAAAUAUCCUCUGUCUCUAGCGCUUCGUUUUCAUAACAAAGUUAGUGUUGCGUCUGAAACUGAUGCAGAUUUCCCUGCAAGUGGAAGCAUAACUUCUGACAUUGCAGAAGAAAGUGGAAAAGAGGUUUCUGUUCUUCCCAGAGCCCUGUUACUCAGCUGCCCUGCCCCACACAUGCACAGGUGGAACUUCUGUGACUCACUUUUGCAGAGACAGUCUGAUGAAGAAGACUAUUCCUAUCCUGAGCUCGUGAAGGUGGUGUGGCGCAAGGGUGUGACGUACAGGCUUACCCAUAAAAAUGUAAACUUGAUUGAGAUUUAUCCUGGAGAUGGAUCAGUUUUCAAAUCAGAAGGGCCUUAUUUUGGUAACUAUUUUACAUAUUAUUCGAGUCAAGAAGAAUCAGAAAAGAGAGAAGAAAAAACUUAUUCCAUAAAUAACCUUCCUCCAGACAGACCAGGAAGUCUCUUCUCUGUACGUUCUCUGAUUAAACAGGCAACCAGAAUUCUUCAACACUGUGCCAAGACGAGGCUUUCACUAAGCCACAACUAUCAUGUCUGCUGCUGGAAAAUGGUACCUGAAGUAAAUGCCAACAAUCCCCUGCCCGUGCUUCUGAAGGAGUCUCUCGUACCCAGUGUGGGGAGAUUUCUUGCCUACUCUGAUGACAAAGUUCACGCUGUCUUUUUAGAUGGCGUCACUCUAACACUGAAUUGGAAUUUCAGCUCCUCUGCUGAAAACAGAGAAGUAAAUCAAGGUCUGACCUUGGGUUGGUGCAGAUUAACUUUUCCUGAUGGGCAGGAUCAGCUAAUUCAAGCUGAGCAUCCUGGAGCAUAUGAAAGAUAUGUGACAUCAGUAACAUCAUGGUGCAGAAGACUAACCCAGACUAGUGUAAGACAGGCGCCCAAACAGCUGUCACCUGUUCUCAAAGAAAACUGGUCUGUUGCUUCUGAGCUUGAGAAAAUACAGAAAUUUAACUUGCUCCUGGAAAGCAGUGGUAUCCUCCACUUGACUUCUGGCAAGAAAAAUGAACAGUGUUCUGAUGACCGUACGUCAGAAUCUUCAGAGACCUUGUUAGAAGCAACUAAUAAAGAGAGUAUAUCGGUAGCAUUGAAAAGAACUUCUGAAAUCCUUCAGGAUAUUGACUGUCUCCUGUCAAACUCUAGAAAGUGACAAAUGGAAUUAUUGCAGCAGUAAAUCUUAAGGUUGUUUCACAUUACUGGUAUGAAUUGCUCGCAACCCAAGGAAUUGCAAAUGCUACUUCUGUAGAAUGUGCAGAACUGAUUUAACUCUGAUUGUAUUUUA